GCCGGGGCGGUGUCUGCGCAUGCGCCGGGAGGGCCGGGGCGGCGGGGGGUGAAGAUGGAAGAUGAGGAGGUCGCCGAGAGCUGGGAGGAGGCGGCCGACAGCGGGGAAAUAGACCGACGGUUGGAAAAGAAGCUGAAGAUCACACAGAAGGAAAGAGCCGGGUCUUCCAGACGGGAUGUAGCUACAGCUUUGGGGAAGCCAUUUAAGAAAAAGACACUCAAAGGAAGAAAUGGCAGAAAGUCCAAAUCGCCUCCUAAAGUGCCCAUCGUGAUUCAGGACGACAGCCUUCCUGCAGGUCCUCCCCCCCAGAUCCGCAUCCUGAAGAGACCAACCACCAACGGUGUCCUCAGCAACCCCAACUCGGCCAGCAGGCCGGCCUUCCCCGUCAAGUCCUUGGCGCAGAGGGAGGCAGAGUACGCGGAGGCCCGGAAACGGAUACUGGGCAGCGCGAGCCCUGAGGAGGAGCAGGAGAAACCCAUCCUGGACAGGCCGCCGAGGAUCUCCCAGCCGGAAGACACCCGACAGCCCAACAAUGUGAUCAGGCAGCCCCUGGGUCCUGAUGGUUCCCAAGGCUUCAGGCACCGCAGAUAGAGGUGGAAGUGCUGCUGCCCACGGGACAGACUGGAGCAGAGGCAGCUCCUGGUUGAUGUUGCACUGUGACCCCCCUUGCUCUGCCCACUGUGACCUUCAGCCCCCGCGCACUGUGACCUCCCCGCGCCACCCACUGUGACCGCUCAGGGCUGUCCCCGAGGAGGACAAAGAGGGGAGGAAAAAACACACAAAAAAAAGAGGGAAGUGGGAGGGGGACACGAUGGCAAAGGGGGAUGUAGAGGAC